AGCGUUCGUGCGUAUGGACUACUACACUCAUGCUAAUUUAGUUCAGCGAUGAGAUUGAACGUUCUAGCACAGUUUCUAAUACUUUAAGAAUAGAAACGACUGGACAGGAUUACAAAACGGAAAAAGCCAACAUAUUUUAUUAAAAUGCUUUGGUUUGAAGGCUCUAUUCCAGCAGCCAUCAUCUCCGCCAAAGAACAGAGCUCCAUCUUCGUCGUCGUAAUAACAGGCGACGAUGAGGUGUCAGCACAAAUGAUGUCCAGUUGGGAGGACGACAGAGUGGCCGAGGUCUCCCAUAACUGCUGUGUCGCAAUCAAGGUGGAUGCCAAGAGCGAGACAUGCUCUCAGUUCUCUCAAAUCUACCCGGUGGUGUGCAUCCCAUCCAGUUUCUUUAUCGGAGAGAAUGGAAUCCCCCUGGAAGUUGUUGCCGGGAGUGUCUCUGCAGAGGAACUCAUGAAAAGAAUCGACAAAGUCAAACAGAUGCACGCCCAGCAGAUAGCAGGCGAGGGAGCGGAAGCAGGGACUCCCGUGGAGGCUUGCCCACCAGCCGUGGUAGCCUCAGAGCCAGCCCCAGCACAGCCCCCCUCACCCCCACUGGAGCUCCAGCCCAGCCACGCACCACCUGCAGCGCCACCCACAUCUAAAGAAUCCCUGUCCAGGCCAGCAGAGGAAGGCGGAGCAUCAGCCUCAGUGGUCGUCACCCCCGGGAAAGACAGGAGCGCAUUGUCAGACGACGCAUCAACCAGCUCUCAGCCUGACGGGGGCCUUGAUGCUAAGGUGGAGAGGUUAACAAAGAACCUGGAGGAGAGACGGGAUCAGAAAAAGAAAGAUGAGGAGGGCGAAAUAAAGAAGGAGAUGGAGAGAAGGAAGAUGGGGAAGGAGAUGCUGGACUUCAAGAGGAAGAACGAGGAUGAGAAGACCAAGCGCAUUAUGGAUGAGAGGAGCAGAGAGAAGGCAGAGGAGAAGGCUGCCAGGGAGCGUGUCAAAGCACAGAUCGCCCUGGACCGUGCUGACAGAGCUGCCCGCUAUGCCAAUAACCAGGAGGAGGUGGAGGCAGCCCGGCUGGCAGCACUGCAGGCCAGACAAGCAGAGGCGGAGGCCAAGAAGGAGAUCGCACACAGGGAGAGGAGCGCCAUAGCAAGAAUACAGUUCCGUCUCCCAGAUGGUUCUUUCUUCACCAGGCAGUUCUCCUCAGAGGCCAGACUGAAUGAGGCUCGGCAGUUUGCUGUCAAUGAAGUGGGAAAUCGGUAUGGCAACUUCUCCCUGGCGACUAUGUUCCCUCGCAGGGAGUUUACGGCUGACGACCUGGGUAAGACUCUACUGGAGUUGGAGCUGACUCCCGGUGCCUCCAUAGUCCUGCUGCCUCAAACGGGACGGCCCAAUAACACGGUGGUGCAGUCGUCCUCUGGAGGGGGUAUCUGGGCUGUGUUGGGUACCAUCCUCUACCCCCUGCUGGCUGUGUGGAGGUUCCUGAGCGGCUUCCUCUUCACCAGCCCCCCCACCCCCGGAGCAGCAGGCCCCAGAGGCCCAGCCCAGCAGCCCAACACUAACUCAGGCUCUGGUUCCUCCUCAUCUGCUGAACCGAAGAGAGAAACUCUUCGCAAACGCACACUGGAGAAGCAACCAGUAGACUUCAAACGAGACGGCAAAAUCCACAGGCUACAGAAUCACCAGGACAGUGAGGAUGAAAAUAACACUUGGAACGGAAACUCUACCCAGCAGAUGUAGUGCAAUAACACUCUCACCCUCCCUCCUCCCAUCUCUCCAUUUCCCCCCCUCCUGCUAAUAUUAGGGCUGUUUGUUUUAUGUUUAUCUUGUCUAAGCCUGUACUCUGCUCCUUCCCUGCAUGGGUAGAUGUAAUCAAGUUUACCUCCUAACCGUUGGGCUUGAACAGAGAAGACCCCCUUUGUGUUGAAACUGUUACUUGAUUCAUUCAGCCUCUUACAGAAUACAACCAGCCUGGGGGGGACCUUCAAUAUCCUGACAUGUCUACUGUAUGAUGAAGGGCUGAGACAGGUGUUGAUUGAUGGCCUUGUCUAAAUGAGAACUUUUGUGUUUUUUUUAACAUUCAAUAACCAGAUAAAACGCUGUUUAAUGAUGUAUGAUAUGAGGCCUCUGGUCUGGCAGAGGAGGCUGUGUGUGUAGCAGUGUUUAACCAAGGCUGUGGCCACUUGGUAUAGACUACCUCCCUCGUUAGUAGAAUGUGUUUCCACUACCAGUUGAACAUGGGAAACCUCUGUACUGCUCUCAUUUAACUAUGGGAAUAAAAAUACAUGUUUUUCAAUAAACAAUCAUAAAUCAA